UAUGCAUCCAUCUAUACAUAUUAUGUUAUAUAUUUUUUACUCUUGAAGGAAAAAAAUAACCUAACAUCUAAAAGAGUAGAUUCGAUUUUGGUCUCAAGUUCAUUUAAUAUUUCUGUGUUUUUUAUUUUUAAAUAUAAUUUAGAUCCUCCUUCAAAAUGUUGUCUUAGUAUAAUAGUAAAGAAUAAUCGAGAUAGUCUCUCUACUUUUGAACUACUUCUCGCCUCUGCUACCGAACCCUGAUGGACUUAAGCAUGUGUAAUUGUGUGAAUAUGUCUGAUUUUUUAUUUAUUUCGUUUGUCUCAUUGUAUUCCCUUCCUUAAUCAGUGUUACGUUCCUCGCUCUCACUCUAACACUGGUUGGAAUAUGUAGAACCAUUUUACACAUUUAUUACUUAUAGCCCGUUUUUUUUUCUUCUUCAUUAAUCCAUUUAAUAAUUAAUUAGUAUUUAAUUAUUGACUCGUAAAGGCUGACAAGGAUUAAUUUACCGAGCGUGCGUACGCAUACAAAAGAUAAAAGCGAAAAGAAUUAAUUCGGCUUUACUAUUAUUAUUAUUAUCAUUACUAUAUUAUUAUUAUCAUUAUUAGCAGCAAUAUCAAAAUUCCACUCCUAAAGAAAGGCUGGAAGUCGCUGCGCUUGUUUAUGUCUGUUCGAAUUGGGCCGCCCAGAACGGUGUCUGACUGUUCUGGCCGAUGCGCCACACCUCCCAGAACGGCCUUCAAGCACGUUCCCCGCGCUACCCUACUCAAUUGAAUGUUUGUCUGGAUAUGGGAGACAAUCUACGUCCAGUCUACAACGAGCCUUGUCACAAGAAAACGAAAGUUGGGGAAGACGAUUUGGCAGUGCCUAUACAGCAUCAGGAAUCGGCUGGCUGCAGCCUGUCAGAUUGUAGCGAAAGUUCCUGGUCUACAGAGGACUCGUGCAGUGCUAGUCGUCGCAGUAGUGCUACAACCCACGGGAGUAAGAACAACAACAACAGUGGACCUAAAGUGAAUCGUAAGCGCAAAAACUCACCUACGUCUCACGGGCCCUCUUCUCCGGCCACAGUUAUACCUCCAACUUCGCAGAUUCCACGACAACGAAUGGCUGCUAACGCCAGGGAACGUGACCGCACACAUAGUGUGAACACAGCUUUUGUUACACUUCGAACAUUAAUCCCAACAGAACCAGCCGAUCGCAAA